CCGUCUGCCGUGCGCGGCACGAAGUCGAUAGACGUAUCAGCUGUACCACUGAACUUGCCGUUUUUUCCACUGAGGCCUUUCCUAAAAUGUCAGCCGAACGUCUCGCUAAAAUCCCGGAGGUUGAUUUAGAUCCGAAUGGCUUGUUUAAAUAUGUCCUCAUACGAGUGCACAGCAAAACCGACGAGUCGUAUGUUGAUAUUGUGAGAGGAUACGCGUGGGCCGAAUAUCAUGCUGAUAUAUAUGACCGUGUUGCUGGAGAGCUGGAAAAAGCUGGAGGAGAGGACUGUGAAUGUCUCGGAGGAGGGCGAAUCAAACAUAACAGUGCAGAGAAGAAGAUCCAUGUCUACGGCUAUUCCAUGGGCUAUGGAAAAGCAAAUCAUGCUGUUUCUACUGAGAAAAUAAAGACUUGUUACCCAGACUAUGAGGUCACUUGGGCAGAUGAGGGGUAUUGAGUAGGUUCCCACACAAGGGUCUGUCUUAACAGAGCAAUGAACUGUUUCAAGCUAUGCCAAGACAGAACAAAGCCUUAACCUGAUCGGAUGGAUGGAUAAAAUGUUCACUUUUCAAAUCAAGGGCUUAAAUCUUGCUGUUUUUUACGAUGAGAGAAUGCAUCUUUGUUUCAACCAUGUGUAUUUAAACUAAAAAGAUGCAUCAAAGCCCUUAACAGUUUAGUGGAGAAGGUUAUGCAUUUCAUGACAACCUAUAAACGGUUAUAUCCCGUAAAGGCUGUAAACUCACGGGACGCAGAUCAGAAAUUUUCCAUAACUAUUUUAUAAUGCAUUCAGCAGUUAAACAAAUGUCGCAAGACAACGUAAAUGUGCUAGUUUCCAGCAAGAGAAAGUUGUCUUUAAGGUCAAUUAUUUGUGCUUAAAUGCACCAAUAAAAUGUUGAUCCGGAGGUUGUAAACCUUGCCCGAUAAACCUGACGAUCUCAUUGCAUCCGUUUGUCAGCUAUUUUAUUUCACAUUCUUAGUAGAAUGUGUAAUGAUUUCUGUACUGUAUACAUAUCCGGAGAAUGUUUUGCUAAGUGAAGCAUUGAAACAGCAUUUAAAGAAACAUUGUCACAGCCUAUUUUUAUUUUAACUUGGGAUUUAGGCACGUUUUUGUAUUUGUAUUUCGUUAUUGUUGCACAAGCCACAGAAAUGCACUGCAGACUAACAUGUCCAAUAAAUACAUUUGUUUUGUCACUGAU